GCAUUUCCGGAGCAGAGUUCAGAGAAAGGCUGGGCUGCUAGUUGCUGGUUAAAAGACAAAGGGUAAGUUUCAGGAAGCAGAAGAGUGAGCAGAUGAAAUUCAGCACUGGUAUCAGGGAAGUGUGGGAUUUGCAAAAGGAAAAUGCAAAGACGGCUCCUCCCUUCCAAGGAAACGAAACCAACAGCAGCCCAGGCUUAGUCAGCAGAUGAGAUAAAAGCGAACAGGUCUGGGAGGCAGUUCUGUUGCCACUCUCUCUCCUGUCAAUGAUGGAUCUCAGAAAUACCCCAGCCAAAUCUCUGGACAAGUUCAUCGAAGACUAUCUCUUGCCAGACACGCAUUUCCGCAUGCAAAUCAACCAUGCCAUUGACAUCAUCUGUGGGUUCCUGAAGGAAAGGUGCUUCCGAGGUAGCUGCUACCCUGUGCGUGUGUCCAAGGUGGUAAAGGGUGGCUCCUCAGGCAAGGGCACCACCCUCAGAGGCCGAUCUGACGCUGACCUGGUUGUCUUCCUCAGUCCUCUCACCACUUUUCAGGAUCAGUUAAAUCGCCGGGGAGAGUUCAUCCAGGAAAUUAGGAGACAGCUGGAAGCCUGUCAAAGAGAGAGAGCAUUUUUCGUGAAGUUUGAGGUCCAGGCUCCACGCUGGGACAACCCCCGUGCGCUCAGCUUCGUACUGAGUUCGCUCCAGCUCGGGGAGGGGGUGGAGUUCGAUGUGCUGCCUGCCUUUGAUGCCCUGGGUCAGUUGACUGGCGGCUAUAAACCUAACCCCCAAAUCUAUGUCGAGCUCAUCGAGGAGUGCAUCUACCUGCGGAAAGAGGGCGAGUUCUCCACCUGCUUCACAGAACUACAGAGAGACUUCCUGAAGCAGCGCCCCACCAAGCUCAAGAGCCUCAUCCGCCUAGUCAAGCACUGGUACCAAAAUUGUAAGGAGAAGCUUGGGAAGCUGCCACCUCAGUAUGCCCUGGAGCUCCUGACGGUCUAUGCUUGGGAGCAAGGGAGCAUGGAAACACAUUUCAACACAGCCCGGGGAUUUCGGACCGUCUUGGAAUUAGUCAUAAACUACCAGCAACUCUGCAUCUACUGGACAAAUUAUUAUGACUUUAAAAACCCCAUUAUUGAAAAGUACCUGAGCAGGCAGCUCAGGAAACCCAGGCCUGUGAUUCUGGACCCGGCGGACCCUACAGGAAACUUGGGUGGUGGAGACCCAAAGGGCUGGAGGCAGCUGGCACAAGAGGCUAAGGCCUGGCUGAAUUACCCAUGCUUUAAGAAUUGGGAUGGGUCCCCAGUGAGCUCCUGGAUUCUGCAGGUAAACCUGACACCGGUUGGCAGAAGGCACUAUACCAAUAAUUAGCGAACAUGCAGUGAAUUUGCAACAGACAAGAGGAGCCUCAUUAUCCUAUAGUUUCCAGGUUGCUUAGGGAGGCAGAAAUCACAGCAAGGAAAAUCUUCAACAAUAAACAGAUGUCUCAUAAAAUUAAUUGCAACCCAACCUCUCUCUCUACUUAAAAUUAGCAUCUAUUUCCAGCUCUGCUUGCAAUGCCCCCAUAUGAAUACAUGUGAACUCCCUCCCUCUCUUCCUCCCUCUCUCCUUCUCUUUCUCUCUCUCUCCCUCAUUAAAAAAUAAAAUUUAAGAAAAAAAUACAAGGUAGAUUUACACAAAUAGUGGGAUCUCAGUCUUGAGUUAGCUGUGUAUAACUGAAAAGGAUGUUGUGGUUAAUAAUCAUCAUAAAAACAAUGACAUGGCCGGGCACAGUGGCUCACGCCUGUAAUCCCAGCACUUUGGGAGGCGGAGGUGGGCAGAUCACUUGAGGCCAGGAGUUCAAGACCAGCCUGGCCAACAUGGUGAAACUGCAUCUCUACUAAAAAUACAAAAAUUAGCCGGGCAUCCUGGCCAGCCCCUGUAAUCCCAGCUAAACAGGAGGCUGAGGCAGGAGAAUCGCUUGAACCUGCUGGCUGGUGGUUGCAGUGAGCCGAGCUCACACCACUGCACUCCAGCCUGGGCAACAGAGCGAGACUACAUCUCAAAAAACAAAACAAAACAAAACGAAAAAUCCACAAUAACAUAAAAGUAAUAAAAACAAAACUACUGCUAUUUACUCAGUGCUUAUCUGAUGCCAGCCACUUUGCUAAGCCUAUGAGUGCAUUAUUUCCCCGUUGCUACAGAUGAGAGAAUUGAGGUUCAGACAGGUUGAAAUCAUUGCGCCCAAAGUCACACAACUGGUGAGUGGCAGAGCUGGGAUGCAAACCCUAAACUGCCAGCCUUCAAAGCCUGUGCUCUUAAUCUCUACCCUGCUGUCUUAGUGCUUCCUUGUCCAUUUAAUUAAGCUCCAUAGGCACACAUUCCAUGCCCUCCUUUGCUGUACAAUCCCAGGCAAGUCACUCAGCUUCUCUGAGCCUCAGUUUCAUAAUCUGUCAAAUGGAGGUAACACAAAUAAUUCCUAGUUGUGACGAAGAAUCAUCAUAGAAAUCUGC